AAAAUUGCUUGAAAACCGUGGUAUACAUGUGGAAAUGGCUCGGAAAAAGCAAAAGCAGCAAGUCAGAGCUGAAUAUUUCUCUAAGCUAGAGGAGGAAGAGACGAAAGGUAGCCAGUUGAUAUCCAGACUUCGGGGCGUAUUGGAGAAGGUUCACAUAGCCCUCGAUGCUGACACCAGGAAUUUUCUGAACGCACAUCAGCAUCACGUAAAAGAAAAGCAAAAACUCCACGAUGAACUGAAGGUUCGAGACGAAGCCAUGCAAAAAAUCCUGCAAGCCCAGCUUGACCAUAUCAGGAAGAGCACGGACCGGAUCAGAGCGUUGAAGAUCAGGCUGAGGGAGUCUCAGAAAAUGUUGGGCAGGAGAGUCUCGGAUCUGGACAACGAACACGCGUUCUUCCUCAACGCUUUCAAUCUGUGAACAUAUCCUACACGUGGCUGCAGUUUGUAGAAAACUGGAGACUCAGGAGGAAAAGAUCCUGCCUUUCCCUUGCACAACCAGCAAGGAAAGAGUGGCCAUCGAUUAUAUUCCGGAAUAUAUCGCUGACAUGGAGUAUUUUUGGCAAAGAGUGGGACAGGCAGACGCGUCCAGGUUUGCCAUUUUGGAAGAAAAGGAGUUUUUAAAAGCUGAAAACGAACUUUUGAAGAUCAAGCUUCACAGG